AUGCAUCGUCAAUGUCACCGAUCGCUGCUGCCGUCGCGCACGAUGCGCCGCGCCCUGCUGUCCGCGCCUCCGCCCCGGCGGAAAUAUCACGCGUGUGCAUGUGAGCCCCUGCACGUGCUUACGCCGCUGUUGCCGCUUUUACCAGCCGACCCGCUACAUCAAAACUCGAGAGGCGAGCCCAAUAGGGCUCCAAAAAUCAACACAGCUGGGAGAGGCCGAGCUGUCGGUGUGGGUCACAAUAACACGGGACCACGCCCUCGUGUGCCUGACGCGGAUGGCCCUGGCGGGUCAUAUAGACCCACGUUCCCCAUCCCACGCUCACUAAGUGCGGGGAAUCUGAACGUGAGCGCGGGGACGGGCGAAGAGGAGCGCUCUCCUGGCCAGGCCGGGGAGGCUGAACUCGAGGGCACAGCGGACCUCAUGAGAGAGGCCCUGGCUAAGGAGGCGCGAGACGGCCUCGCGGUAAUAGCGGAGACCACCAAGUCCUCUAACCUCAAGGGGACGGUGGUCAAAGCCAUAGAAGAGGCCGUCAGAAAGGUGGAGGGAGCCGUGGACUUUCUCCACCGUGGAGAGACGGCGACUGAGGCGGCGCGGCGGAUGUCGGAAGACAACCGCCGGAUGAAGGGGCAGCUCGCUGCCCUAGAGGCAGAGAUGAAGGCCCUGAGGGGGGCCUACUCCUCCGCCAUGGCCGAGGCCAAGACGCAGAUGGCCCCAACGCCGUGCAGCUCCGCGGAAAUGCACGCGGGGGCGCCUCCCCGCGGAGGUCCUAAGGCCCCCCUUGGGCGGCAGAAGAGGGGCUCCUGGCGACGUAACAGUGCCAUCGCUGCCGCCGCUGCAACCGCCCCCAGAGUGCCUCCCCUCGAGCCGAUACCGGGCCCCUCCCUGGCCCGAAACGCGCCUGCCGGGCCGCGGCCCAAGAAGGCCAAAAAGAAGGUUCUCCCGCGGAAGACUACUGCCGCCCCUCCUGUGACGGCCUCCGCUGACCCCGUCGCCUCAGACGCGACGGCCCCAACGACGACCGACCAAACGGAAACGCCCUGGUCGCAGGUAGUUGGCCGCAAGACCAAAACGCCUAAAAAGGCCAAAAAGGCAGCUGCCACCCCCCAAGCGGCACGGGCCAAGGCGGCCCCCAAGACAGCUCCCAGACCCAGGGCGCUCGCCACCCCGAAAUCGUCGGCGGUGGUGAUCACCCUGAGGCCUGAAGCGGUGGCGGAAAAGGGGGCCACCUACAAGGGUGUCCUUGAGGCGGUGACCGCUGCGGUCGACUUGGGCAGCCUCGGCAUCCCGCACGUGCGGGUGCGGAAUACCCAGACGGGUGCCCGCAUGGUCGAGGUGCCCGGAGCGACCAGCGCCGAGAAGGUCGACACCCUGGCGGCCAAGCUGGAGGAGGUGAUCGGGGGGCUGGCAGUAGUGACGCGGCCAACCAAAACCGCCGAUUUAAGGGUCACCGGCCUCGACGAGUCGGUGACCCCGGAGAAGAUCCGGGCGGUGGUGGCCGCGAAGGGCCAAUGCCCCCAGUCCACCGUGAGCGUGGGAGCCGUCAGACUGGCCCCCAACGGGAGGGGGUCAGCCCUCGUACGCUGCCCUGUGACGGCAGCCCAACGGGUGACGGCUGCCGGCCGCCUGUUGGUGGGUUGGUCCUCCGCUGGGGUCCACGUCAUGGAGCCCCGCCCCAUGCGCUGCUUCAAGUGCAUGGGGAUUGGCCACACCAGAGCCCUCUGCCCGUCCAGUGAAGACAGGAGCGGGCUCUGUUUCAGGUGUGGCCAGGCGGGGCACACGGCUUCCGGGUGCACGGCGACCCCACGGUGCUCGGUCUGCACCGCGGCUCGCCGCCCAGCGGACCACGUAAUGGGGGGGGCGAUCGUGCGCUCCUCCCCCCACCAAGGGCAAGCCGACGGGGACCUCCGGCUCCCCCCCUGA